AUGAGCAACAAACUUAAACGGGUUGCUGUCGCACAAUUAUGCUCGUCCGCUGACCUGGCCAAAAAUUUGAAAGUGGUGAAGGAAUUGAUAUUUAAAGCCAUUCAAGAUAAGGCAGAUGUCGUUUUUUUCCCUGAGGCAAGUGACUAUAUUUCUCAAAGCCCUCUCCAUUCCAGGUAUUUGGCACAGAAAAGCCCUCAAUUUAUUCGGCAAUUACAGUUAGUCAUUACGGACCUUGUCAAGGAAAAUUCACGGAAUAUAGAUGUUUCUAUUGGGGUCCACUUGCCGCCCACAGAACAAGAUUUACUUGAUGAAAACGAUCGAGUUAGAAACGUUCUACUAUAUAUCAAUCAUGAGGGGAAAAUAUUACAAGAAUACCAAAAACUGCAUUUAUUUGAUGUAAACGUACCAAAUGGACCAAUAUUGAAAGAAUCAACAUCUGUUCAGCCGGGCAAAGCCAUCCCUAACGUUAUAGAGUCUCCUCUGGGAAAAUUAGGCAGUGCAAUAUGCUAUGAUAUUCGCUUUCCCGAACUUUCUUUAAAAUUACGAUCAAUGGGGGCUGAAAUUUUAUGUUUCCCCAGUGCAUUCACUAUUAAAACAGGGGAGGCGCAUUGGGAGUUAUUAGGCAGAGCAAGAGCAGUUGACACUCAAUGUUUUGUGCUCAUGCCAGGACAGGUUGGAAUUCACGAUCUUAGUGAUUCAGAAUGGGAGAAACAGCAACAUGUGAGCGCUCCAACAAAGAACUCCAGGAGAGAAUCUUGGGGACAUUCAAUGGUUAUUGAUCCCUGGGGGGAAAUAAUAGCGCAUGCUGAUCCCUCCAUUAUUGGACCACAACUAAUUUAUGCUGAUUUGAAUCUUGAGUCCUUACAAGAAAUAAGGAACAAAAUGCCUUUGUGGAACCAGAGAAGAGACGAUUUGUUUCAUUAA